AUCCUAUAAUCUCAUACGCGUCCCCGUACCACUAUAUAUAUAGAUUAGGGUUCGUUUCUUCGUAGCGACGCAAAGUACCCAAGAGCCUUUCCCCUCUCCCGUCAGAGACCUGAUUGCGAAUUCUCGGCAGUUGAAAAUAUGUCAGAAGAACUGGAGUACCGCUGCUUCAUUGGCGGCCUCUCGUGGUCAACAUCUGAUAGAGGUCUGAAAGCUGCAUUUGAUAAGUUUGGCCAUCUCGUAGAGGCUAAGGUUGCUGUUGACAAGUUCUCUGGACGUUCUCGUGGAUUUGGGUUUGUCACCUUUGAUGAGAAAAAUGCAAUGGAAGAUGCCAUUGAAGAAAUGAAUGGGAUGGAACUAGAUGGGCGCACUAUCACCGUUGAGAAAGCUCAGCCUAACCAAGGAUCUGGCAGAGAUCGUGAUGGCGAUCGUCCGCGUGACCGUGACCGUGGCCGUGAUCACGGUCGCGACCGUGACUAUGGAGGUGGUGGUGGUCGCGGAUCUGGUGGUGGAGAGUGCUUUAAGUGUGGCAAGCCUGGUCAUUUUGCUAGGGAAUGUCCUGGUGAGGGUGGCAGAGGUGACAGAUAUGGUGGCAGGGAAGAUAGGUAUGGCGGCGGUGGUGGUGGUGGAGGAGGAGGACGUUAUGGUCCUGAUAGAAAUGGUGACCGUUCAGGGGGACGUAGCAGGGAUUCUGGUGGUGGGGGAGGGGAUCGAUAUAGUCGUGACCGGUCUGGCCCAUAUGACCGCCGCAGAUGAAAUGACUCCUCAAAAUUAUGCUGAAGAACUGGCGGAGCGGAAGAACUGAAGGACCCAAGACUGCUGGAUGCUACUGUUGAACUUCAUCCUUGCAGGAUUUGUCCACUUGAUGUUUGGCUUGAAGAACUAUGUAGUUGAUCAAUCUUUUGAAAGUGUGGAUCUUGGCACCAAUACCCUACUAUUCUGUGUCCGUUAAAUGUUCAAUACCUGGAUCUUCUGGGAUCUUAUGCUUGCUUGACAUGUUCGAAUCUGGUUUUACACUUUAAAAUGCUCAUAUUGCUGCUGGACAUCUGCUUUCUUGAAUUUGCAAUUACAAAUGUCGUUGUUGCU